AUGAAAUCCAUGGACUCAAGGGAAGGAGGCUGCUGGGGGCGGAGGCCGCCAGCCAGGCCCUGUCUGCGGCGGCGCGCAGAGCUCUCAACCACAGCUCAGGCAGCCCAACCCGCUGCCUCUGGGUCUGGGCCUGGCGGGGCGGGGCUGCGCCGACGCCCAGAGAGCUCCGCGGCGCCCCUUGCAUCUAGGGCCGGGGUUACUGUCGGUCACAGACCCAGCCUUCAGGGUUAUUCGCGUUCACGGGGCACACAGCGCCUGAGCCCGCACAGCCAAUCAGCGGCCGCCUGGCUUGUCGGACGGCGUGGGCGCCAACCCGGAGGCGGGACCACUUCAGCCCUGUCCUCGCGCCUCCCCGCCCCCUGUCGCCUUUCUAUUUUCCCGGCCCAAGACGCGGGCUCUCCUACUUCUAGUCUUCGACCGCCACGCCCUGAAACUGGGAAGUGCGGACAGCCUUGCAGAGCGAGAGUCCGGUGCGCUGCGACCACGAGAGAUCUUCGGGUGGUGGAGGCCGCUCCGCCCCAGCAUAGGCCCUUUCCCUGCCAGAAAGAAACGCAAAAAGCUUUAGCCUCCCGCGCUUCCGGCCCCUGGCCUCUAGGGACUAUGGCCUGUGUGGGUGCCUGUACCCCAGCUGCCCUGAAGGUGGAGGAGACCCGGCUAAGCAGUCCGGGCGCUAAAUUGUCUGCAGUAGUGCAAAUACCUAGAGUGUAUGUGCGAAUCCGAGUUCCACUAAAGCAUCUAGAAUGCAGCAGCCAGUCCUCAACACUUCAAGCAGCAACUGAAAGAACUUUCUCUGCAGACUCUAAGAGCCUGGAAGGAAAAAGCUAUGAUACUGACAUCUGAAAUCACUCAAACAUUUCUGUCACAGGCAGAGAUCAGCUCUCACUGAACAUGAGGUGCUCGCUCAGAGCUUCCUAGGGCCUUGUACCCACUGUUAUACAUAAACAAACAGGUGUGGAUCAUCAGGCACCUCAGACAGAUCUGCCAAAACAAAAGAGCAAAAACAACAACAACAAAGAAAUUUGGAAAAAGAUUAUGUAGGGAAAAAAGAUUAUGUAGGGAGAAGGAAAAAAUAUUCUCUAAACUAUCAUUAAAAUUCUUAAAGGAAUUAGAGAAAACACUGAAUCAAAGGAACAAACAAGAUGAUACAAAAAGUAAUAAAAAAUAAUAAUAACAACAAUAAUAAUGAUAAUAAUAAUAACCCACUGACAAUUAAGGUAUGAUAUAAAAUGCAAAAAAUAGGGGGUGGUUAUAAGAUGAAGGUAAAGAAAUCUCCCAUAAAUCAAGUAAAGAAAAAGAAAUUAAAAAUAGAGAAGAUAUCUAUCUAUAUCUAUACACACACAUAUAUACAUAUGUACAUAUGUAUAUAUACAUAUAUGUGUGUAUAUGUGUGUGUGUGUGUAUUAUAUAUAUAUAUUUUAAAAUUAAAGAUCAAUUCUGCAAUUCUGGAGAUUUAAGACAGAGAACAAAAAAAUUGGAGGAAAAAGAGAAAAUCAUCAAUACAUCACCAAAAUACAUUCUCAGAUUUGAAGGGUCCACACAAUAUCCUUGACAAUGCAUGGAAACUGACCCAUACCAAGGCAUAUCAACAUGAAAUUUCAGAAAACUGGAGUUCCAGAGAUAACUGAAAACAUUCUACGUCUUGUGAGACUAAUAGAAAAUGAACAAUUCCCCAAAGACGGUGAACCAGGAAAAAAGAACACAAAGAAUCCAUGAACAGAAGAUACAAUGCCAGCAAGAAGCAAAGGGAAUCACUAGAAUCAUGCUUCUGAGAAGUCCUAAGAGAAGAGGAGGGCAGGAGGUUCAUGGAGCACCCAGUCCAGGAUGGAACAGGUGACAGGUUCCAGGAGAGACUGCUCCAAGACAUUGAAAUUGAGAGAAUACCUGAUGUGACCAAAUGUAUUGAGAUGAGAUGUAGAAGUUGGUGGGGAGAUUGGGUGGAACUAAUAAUAAGUACAAGUGCACAGAAAUCUAAAAGAAAACCAGUUAUUAGGUCCAGAGAAAACAAAAAGUUACGCAGGAGGGAAUCACAUGUCUCCUGAGUGAACAAUAGUUAAAUAAUAUAAACAUGGACUACAGAUAUAACCAAAAUUACAACACAACUGUACUUAGAGUACUGAGAAAGUGAAUCAUCCAGGUGCCCACGUGAAUGAGUGAGUGGUGGCUGUACUAGUGGUGAUGGGGAAAAAGAUAAAAUUCUCUUCCGACCUGGAGAGAAGUCAAUAAGUAAUGUAAAAGGGUUUAAAUCACUAAGUGGCCAUGUGCUUAUAUGUCACAUGUCACAUAGAGAUACAGAGGGGACUUCCAAAGAGUGAGCUAAAAGAAGUUCAAAGGUUGUCUCUGAGAAGCAGAAAAUGGUGAGGAGGAAGGGGUCCUACUAUUUUCAUAACAAGCCUUAUGAAAAAUUUUCACUCUUUAAGUUAUAUAGAAAUUAACAGGCAUAAAAUAUGGAAAAAAAAUACAAGGUAACUACAGAGACUUUUCAAAUGAACAACACCCUUCUCCCCAAUCUUUGUGACAACACUGUCUUGUUUCAAAUCUUACUUGUCUUCCCCCAACCACUCAUCCACAUCCCAAAAAGGACACUAAGGAGAGGGAAGGGAAACACUGGAUGAUUCUGGGAUCUGCUCAGCCAGGAUCAUAUUAGAAUCCCUGGCUCCGUUUUUAAGUCUGUUUUCACCAGAUAACUUCUUCUGGGCAACUUAAAAGUUUUAUAUUGAAAUUACAAGUUUCAAAACCAGGCUGACUCAAUACUUGCAUAUUUCCUCUUCCUUACUUUCCACUGAAAGGUCCAAGCAAUCGAUUUCAAAUGAACAUCUUGUCCUCCUUUCUCUUUGUCUUUUCCUCUAGAGAUUGGAGUGUUCCUGAGGUUUAUCAUCUUUGAUGGGACUCAUACUUGCCAAGUUUUUAAUGCUUAAGAGUAACAAAGAGUCUUUACCCUUUCACCUUACUGUAGUGACCUCCACCUUAUCCAUACUGGCCUUCACUAUGGAUAAAAGGCACAGUAUUAUCAGUGGUUUUUUUUUUAAAAAAAUACAAAAUAUUACCCUUUACCUGUUAAAAAACAAAACAAAAACCAAAAGGGGAAAACAAUAGAAACAAAUAAAAAGGACAAAAUCUAUUUAA